AUGGUCAUUACUGCCCAUUGGAUUGAUGAUGAGUGGAAGUUGCAAAAAAAGAUACUGAAUUUUUUUCAAACUCCAGAUCACAAAGGUGAGACUAUUGCAAAAGCUAUUGAAUCUUGUUUGUUAGAUUGGGGAAUAGAAAAUCUACUUACAGUAACACUUGAUAAUGCAACAGCUAAUGAUGCAGCAAUCACACACUUAAAAGGGAGAAUUAGUGAUUGGAAAGGUGUUAUCAUGGAAAAUAUUUUUUUACAUGUUAGGUGCAAUGCCCAUAUUCUAAACUUGAUUGUGAAAGAAGGAUUGAGUGAACAAAAUAAGUCUAUUUCCCGGGUAAGAAAUGCUGUGAAAUAUGUUAAGUCUUCUUGUGCAAGAACUACUUCUUUCAAGUCAUAUGUUGAAAAGGUUAAACUAAAUACUCGUGGACUUUUGAGUUUGGACGUUGAGACGAGGUGGAACUCUACAUAUUUGAUGUUAAAUACUGCUGUCAAAUUUGAAAAGCCAUUUUCAAGAAUGUAUAUUGAUGAUCAUAAGUACUUUAAAUAUUGUCUUGACUCAGGUGGAAAGAUAGAGCAUCCAUCUUCAGAAGACUGGAGAGAUGUGAAUGUAUUUCUCAAGUUUCUGGAGAUUUUCUAUCAAACCACUUUGAAAUUUUCGAGUACUUUACAUGUUACUUCAAAUACUUUCUGUCAUGAGCUUUUUAAUCUUCAAAGCAUAAUUGUCAAUUAUUCAAAGUGUGAUGAUUCUCUUUUGACUGGUAUGGCUAAGAAGAUGAAAGAUCAGACUAAUGCAGUGAGUGAAGUUAGUGCAAUGGAUACUUCUGAUGUGUGGCAAUCUCAAUGGGAGAAAUUUCUUGAAAAAGAAAAUAAUAAUGUUGAUGAUAAAUCUGAUCUUGACAAGUAUUUGGAGGACGAUGUUGAGAAGAUUAAGGAUUUUAAUAUUUUAACUUGGUGGAAAGCUUCAUCUGAAAGAUAUCCAAUAGUCUCUAGAAUUGCAAGAGAUAUACUUGCUAUUCCUACACCUACUGUUGCUUCAGAAUUUGUUUUUAGCACUGGUGGUCGCAUUCUUGAUUGUUAUCGAAGUUCAUUAUCACCAAAGACGAUUGAAGCUCUUGUUUGUAGUCAACAAUGGUUACGUUCAGCAUCUACAGAAUGCAAGAUUGAAGAUCUUUUAUAA